ACAAAUUAAACCAUAUGAUCAUAACAAUCACAUAACUAUAAAACUCUCCUACUCCUAUUCCUAGCAAUAGAAAUAUAUAUCCAUAUAGUUUGAUUGACCAAAAAUGAAGUCGACGAUCAUGAUGACCGGAAGUACUACUCUAAUUGUUAGCUUCACGUGGCUUGUCGUAGCCGUAGCAGCCACAGCCCAGUACGGGAACAAUCCAGUUCUGGACACCGCCGGAGAGCCUCUUCGACGCGGCGUUGAGUACUACAUCAAGCCGGCUAUCACCGACAACGGCGGAAGGUUCACGCUGGUCGAUGGGAGCGAGUGGUGCCAGCAGUACGCCGGCCAGGAAAAUGAUUCCAGCGGCGAAGGAUUUCCGGUGACGUUUGAGCCGUUGGCGGAAGGAGAGGACGCGAUUAGGGAGUCGAGGGAUCUGAAGAUCACCUUCGCCGUUAUCACAAUCUGCAUACGGUCGACGACAUGGGAGUUGGAAGCGCAGAGAGAUGCCGAGACCGGGCGGAGACUGAUUGGGACAGGAAGCUCGGGAGAGGCAACUAACUACUUUCAGAUAGAGAAACAGAGUGGGUUCGAUGGGAUCUACACUAUCCGAUGGUGCCCAACCGAGUUCUGUCCGAUUUGCAGGUUCGAUUGUGGUUCUGUUGGGCCUGUGGUCAAGAAUGGGAAGAGAUUUCUGGCUUUAGAUGGUUUUGUCAUUCCUGUCGUUUUUGAGAGGGCUCCAUUGUCACCAUCAUCAACUAACAUAUAGAAUAAUAUUGUAUAUAUAUAUAUAUAUAUGCAUAUGCAUGCCUAUGUUAUGGCGGAUUGGACGAGUGGUCAGUUCGUAUGAUCGAUUAUAAAUAAAGUUCAAUCAUGAUCGAUGAUAAUAUUAGUCGUUUUGACUUAA